AUGAGUAAUCCAUACUACCAAAACCAAGGUCAAAACUCAUACGAGAUGAACUCGUACAACGCCAACAAUCCAUAUGACCCAGCUCCUCAAGGCAACUACGGGUACCAAGCCCCAGCACAACAAACAUACGGUGGACAAUCUUAUGGUGAUAGCGAUGACGUUGGAUUCUACAAUGAAAUUAAAGGUAUCAACACUCUUUUGGACAACUACACUGUCUUGAUCAACAACAUUGCCAGCAACCAACGUAGACUCCUCAGUGAAGUUGAUGAAGAACAAGAAUACCGUUUGUCCAAGGACAUUGACAGUUUGACCGCCCAAGCUUCUAACCAACAGACCGAAAUUAAGCAACGUUUGCAAACCGUCACCAACAAGUCGGUCAAUGACUCUUCUAAAAAAGCCCAAGUCGACUCUGUUAAGGAACACUUUUUGCAAGAAAUCCAAAGAUUCAGAUCUGCUGAAGCCGACUACAAGCAACGUGCCAAAGAACAAGCCAUCACCCAAUACCAAAUUGUUCAACCAAACGCUUCUCGUCAAGAAGCUUCUGCUGCCAUCGAUGAUGUUGGUGGACAACAGAUUUUCUCCCAAGCUUUGUUGAACUCUAGUAUGAAGGGUCAAGCACAAUCUGCUCUUAAUGAAGUUAAGGCUCGUCAUAAGGAAAUCCAAAAGAUUGAGCAAUCCAUGAGAGAAUUAAACCAACUCUUCAGAGAUGUCGAAGCUCUCGUUGCUGAACAAGACACUCAAGUGGAAACUGUUGCUCAAAGAGUCGAAGAAGCCAGAGUUGACAUUCAACACGGUUUGAAACAUGAAGAAGAAGCUCUUGAAAAAGCCAAGGCUGCCAGAAGAAAGAAGUGCUGGUGUAUCUGGAUCUGUAUCAUUAUUGCCAUCAUUGUCAUUGCGGCCAUUGUUGGUGGUAUUGCCGGAAAAUUUGCCAACAAAUGA